AUGGGAACAAAGCGCAGGAAGGGCGACGAGGUGUCUUCGAACGUCUUAAGUCUUUCUUAUGUGUCCACAGAACGUCCAUCACCUGCAAAAAUCCCAAGAACUGCAACUGCAAUUGCUCCACGUCGCUUUGGGUUUAAAGGGCCGUUAAUUUCGCAGCUUCCGGCGCCAGCAACAGCUUCCACGAGAACCAAGCGACCAGUCGCGAAUACUUUAGACUCGACGUAUGGGAACGAUACAGCUACAGACGCAGUGAAGAGUGGGGCAUUAUCGGUUGAUUUUGACAUUCAAGUGCUAAAGAAAUUUGACGAAAGCUUUGGUCAGGAGACACUAACGACUCUGGAACAGUUGUUGGCAUUCCGUCAUAAAACGAACAAGUUUGCAGUAAAAGCUCGGAAAGAGGAGCAGAUUAAUUACAUUAAACAGCUCAAAUCUAGUGUUCGUGAUGUUGUGAACAAGAUCCAAGAGUUUAGCAAAGUUUCUGCGACGAUGGACGAUAAGUUUGCGGCAGAAAAGGCGAUGAUGGAGAGGAGGCUGGUAGUACUGCAACAGGCGGCGAGAAAUAAGAACGACAUGGAAACAGAGUUGAAACAACUACGGGAGGAGUAUGAACUUAUGCAAAAAGGUGUCAGACGAAUUCGCGCAUCGGAACAGGAAGUUGUGCGUAGCAAUGCGGUACUUCGGGAUAAUGCGGCGAAGCUCGACAUUCAGCUAGAAGAGGCACAGAAAGAGAAUGAACAGAUGAAGUUGGACUUGAAAGCCCACGAGACACGCAUGAUAGACGAAUCUCGACGCUUUGAGGAGAAAAAGCGUGAGCUAGAGGACUUGCUUGAGAAAAAGGGACUUGACGAAAGCAAACGCAAGCAGGCCGAGCUGGAACAGUUACAGAAGCAACACGCCAAGACCCGUGAAGAACUUGCUUUGGUGCACAAAGAGCUCGACAAGUACAAGGACAAAGCAAUUGAGGCUGCAAAUAGUCUAAAUGACGAACGCGAACGACGCACCAAGUCUGAGAUGGAGAAGUGCACACUUGAGGCAAAGAAUCAGUCUUUGGAGGCUCGUGUGAGCAACGCGGCGAAUGAAGUGUCAGAGAUGAAGGAUAAGCUUCAGCACAAAGAUAUGGAAGUUUCUAAUCUCGUAAAAAGUUUGACUGACAUUCAGAAGUUUAACGCGUCUACAAGUACGAAGGUUGAAACUGAUAAAAAGGAGUUGGCCGACAAGAUUGAGAGACUCCAAACGACCAUUCGUGAUCUCGAGCGGCAGGAAUCGUCAAGUUUGACGACAGUGCGUGACCUUGAAAAGCAACUGGAACUGGAAACUACAUUACGGAAAGCGACAGAACAGAAUGAGCAGGAAAUUCGUGCUCAGAUGAAGAAGCUCGAAUCUGACCUGCAAUCAAACAUGCAAAAAGUAGGUGUAGAAGGAGGUGUUCGACAGAUGCUUGAGAAUCAAGUGCGCGAACUUCGGACAGAACAUAUUGCUGUAAAUGCCCAGUUGGAAGCAGUUAAGGCUGAAAUGAAGCGACUUCAGUCUGCAAACGUAGACUCAAAAGAACAGCACAAUACACAACUUGGCACACUGGAAGUGAGAUUCCAGCAAGAAAGGAACAGCUUUAAGUGUCAAAUAGACAAGUUGCAGGAGGAGAAUGUCAGUCUGGAAAGUGAAGUACAGACUUUACGGACGCAAGCCUCCUCAGCUUGCGAUGGAAAUGUCGAAGAGCUGUGUAAAGUGAAACGAGAGGCCGACGUUUUGCGCCGGCGUCUUUAUGAGCUGACGAGUCAAGGAGCCCAAUCGAUCGCUCAAAAGGACAGCAUGAUUUUAGAGCUGCAAGAGAAGAUCAAGCAAGGUGAUAAGCAUCGGAGAGCAAUGCACAAUACGAUCCAGGAGCUGCGUGGAAAUGUUCGAGUAUUUGCCAGAACGCGCCCGUUUUUGCCAUCUGACCGUUGCGAUCUUAAUACAACGACUCCUGUGAUUUCGUGUGAUUUCGACGGGGAAAGCCUGAAGCUGCAACGCCCUGGAAAGAGCCUUUCAGAGCCGGACACAUUCUCCUUCACGUUCGACAAAGUGUUCGCCCCUUCGUCGGGCCAAGACGCGGUUUUUGAGCAGGUGUCAGAGUUUGUUCAGUCUUCUUUAGACGGAUAUCACGUCUGCCUGUUUUCGUAUGGUCAGACUGGCUCCGGAAAAACACACACGAUGCAAGGAAGUGGUAGUGGUCAGAUGCGCGGAAUCAUUCCGAGGGCGAUCGAGAUGAUCCUGCAGGAGUGUAAAAAGUUGAAACACGAGGGAUGGAACUACGUCACGAAAGUGUCUUUCCUGGAAAUUUACAACGAAACAAUACAUGAUUUGCUAGCCACAAAACGCAACAGUGACGAGAAACUUAGCAUCAAGAAAGAUGCAAAGGGGGGUGUCUACGUACCAGGACUGACACUCGUGGAUGUUACUGCUAUGGAACAAGUCGAAGAUCUCAUGGAACGAGCAAGCAGAGCACGAAGUGUUGCCUGCACAGAUAUGAAUGCGCAGUCAUCGCGGUCGCAUAGCGUGUUUACAUUGCACUUGCAAGGCGUGAAUGAUAAGGGAGGAGUGAUGCUAAACGGCCAGUUGAAUCUGGUCGACUUAGCUGGUAGUGAGCGCGCUUCACGAUCUAACGUUUCUGGUGACCGUUUGAAGGAGACACAAGCCAUCAAUAAGAGUCUUAGCUGCCUGGCUGAUGUCUUUAGCGCGAUCGGAAACAAGUCUUCUCAUAUUCCGUUCCGCAAUUCUAAACUGACAUACUUGCUUCAGAAUAGCCUGUCGGGUGAUGGCAAGACGCUGAUGAUGGUAAACCUGUCACCAACGCUGGAAUCAGCAAGCGAGAGUCUGUGCUCGCUGCGGUUUGCAAAGCAAGUGAACCAGUGCGAGCUAGGCAAACCGAAGCGGCAAAUUAAGUCCAGGAAGGAUCGUCCGUGA